GAAAAAGUAGAUUCGGUAGAGUGCACUUGACCUUUGGAUCUCCAAGUGAAAGCAAAUCAGGAACAAGAAGACGGAAGAAUCUAAAAAAUAUCAACGAAAUUCCCAUGAAUAUCGCUGAAGAUAAUUACUGGUGCUUUAACGCGAAUGAAUGAUGGCUCCUAAAAUUAAUAGACAUGAAUGCAUGUAGCUUUGAAUAAUUAACUAACCUGCUCAAUAAUGGACUUGCAAUUGUCUAUUAGUUCAGCAAUCUCAAUAUCCGUAAUUCCAUUCAGAUGAUUGUAUUUGAGAAUCCAAGAGGCAAUUCGUCGAACUAACUGCAAAUUAAUAGUUGUCGACGUCAUGGACAGACAGACUUGGACGAAUUCAAAGGACAGCUCCUCCACAGUUUUCAAUGUCUGAUCGAAGUAAACGCAAACCCAAAGCUGCACUUCAAAUUAUUUUUAACCAUUUACAAUGGGAGAAAAAGGUUCCAGCGAGCGGAAAUGUUGAUAAUGGUCAAAUUUCUCCAAAAUCACCAUCGUCACCCGCUACUUCUCAAGCUACUACACCUUCUGAGCAAUGUGUGCCAGAAGCAAAAGUCGUUGAAAAGGAUGAAGAAACAGAAAAAGAUGUUGCCAAUAUAACAAUUCGAAAUUCUCGUAGCAGACAGAAGAAACUCCGUCCAAAGGUAAUUCCUCCAAAAACGAAUGAAAGUAUUGCGGAGUCAACAGGCUGUGCUGAGUCAACAACAAAAACACCUAAAAAGUCAUCUGUUACUCCUCAAGCUACUACACCUUCUGAGCAAAAAGCAAGAAAAUCCUCUCCUAAAAAGCCAGAAGAGCCUAUUCCACAAAAUUCCGUCCAACCAACAACACCAAAAAUGAAGAAAAUGUUUACUAAUUCAUUGAUAAAGGCCAAAAACAAUCAAAAAAUAAACAAUGGCAAAAAAGCACAUCCAAGGGUGACUGCUCCAUUAGCAGAUGAUGCUAAAAUUAUUGAACGUUUUGUUGUUAAACCAGUAAAGAAAACGCCUCCUCAAAAGCCAAGAGAGCCUCUUCCUCCACAUUCUAUUCCAACAAAAACACCUAGAGUACAGAGAGUGCUCAACAGUUCAGAGUUUAUCUCUCCAUUCUUUACUAAGGCAUAUGCAUUUAGCAAUCAUUUUAAAUGUUAUUUUUACGUUGAUGAUUUGCGUUUUUGCUGUACAGAACAAUUUUAUAUGUAUUACAAAGCUGUUGUUUUUGGCGAUACAGAAAGUGCUAAUCAAAUAAUGGAAAUGACUGAAGCUCGAGACAUGAAACGUGUUGGUUCAUAUAUUCGACUAUUUAAUACUGAAAAGUGGAGAAAUAUAUCGAUUCUAGUAAUGACUAUUUGCAAUAUGGAAAAAUAUAAACAAAAUGUGGAUUUGAGAAGAUUACUUUUUGAGACUGGCGACACUCUUUUAGUUGAAGCAACUUCACAAGAUCUUUAUUGGGGAGCAGGAGUUGAUGUCGAUUCAUCAUCUAUCCGUGAUAAAACACAUUGGCCAGGUAAAAAUGUCCUUGGAAGAAUUUUAACGCGAAUUCGAGAUGUCCUUAAAUCUAAAAAAGAAUAUUUGCAUGAAUGGGAAGAAGUAAAUCGGCGGCAAACUAUUUGA